AGCAAUAGAAAAAGAAAGCACAGAAUGCAUUUUAUAAUAGUUGCAUAAUACACUCGAAAUGCUGCAUAGAAGCUCAUCUUCCCGCCGCAGGCGCGCUUCGAGAAGCGCGGCAACGUCGCCGCAAACAAGAUCUCCUCGACCAUCAGCUCAAACCUCAAGACGGGCAUCCUUAGCCACCACAGAAACUGACGACGAACUGGAACCCCCACCACCACAAAGAAGCCCAAGAGCAAGCCUUGCUCCCGAUGCAGCGUUAGAGGGUUAUCAUCGCAGCCCACGCCAUUCACUCGUCCCAGAAUCAAGAUCAGCUAGAAACUCAAUCACUCCAGAAACUGCGUUAAUCCGGAAUAGUCUAACGCCAAGUAGAAAUAAUUUGGGCGUGGAACAGGCAUAUGGUUCCCGUUUAAGCUUAAAUCCGCAGGAUUUCAAUCGAUCGCCGCGUAAUAGCAUUACCCCAGACGCAACCGCCAGAACUCCUAGACGAAGUUUGGUGCCAGAAGGUACAUCUUGGAAUCAACCAAGGAAUUCCUUAGUACCAGAUGUAGGCCGCAGUCCUAGACAUUCUGUAGCAAGUAUACAAAUAGAUCCUGCUCGCAAUCAGAAAGAAUUGGGUCCAAGUCCUAGGACGAGUCCUAGAGGGAGCGUAGCUCCAGAUGCCUUGAGGAAAGACUUUUCUGAGUUGAACAGAACCCCGCGUGGUUCAUUAAUACCCGAUUCCCAGAGGAGUCCCAGAGGAAGUAUCGCUCCGUCAGAACGUAGUGCAAGAGGUAGUCUGGUUGCUUGUGACAUUGAGGCUGCCCGAGUUAGCCCACGUGGCAGUUUGACCUUAACAUUUCAAGAACCUUUGGUUUCUAGAGAAAGGAGGGCAAGCGAAGAUAGUCAAACAGCAAAUACUCGAGGAAGAAGCGUGUCACCAUACAAAACAUCAGUCGGAGGGAGGCAGGCUCUGUCUGAUACUGGGUCCAGGAGAGCUUCAAGCUCUGUUAGUCAAGUGUCAGGCGACGAACAGCGUCGGCUAUGCGGUGAGCAUGCCAAGUAUAGCGACCGAACGGGUCUGGGAUUGGGCGUGGGACUCACCACGUAUGGCUCAGUGGCGUAUCAGCUGAAAGACGCUAACAUGGAAGCUUCUGGAACCGUUGACUUCGUUUGCAGGGCCGCCAAAAUUAUGAAUAGAACUAUCGUAAUGACGGUGUUCCUUGCUUGUCUGUCUACGCUACCAGUUAUUAUGUUGAUUAUGGGUGUGCAAUAUAUCCGCGACUGCCCAGCCGAGCCGCGGCUGCCGGUGUAUAUGGUAGUAGGUGGCGCUGCUGGCGGCGCCGGCCUGUGCUGGCUGCUGUGGGCGCAGCUCGCCAGCCGCAGUAGCAACGCGCCAGCCAGCGUGCCGGAGCGGGUCGUGGCUUACACCCUCACCGUGUUCCUUAUGGGCUGGUUUGCAUUUGGUAACUACUGGACCCUUGGGAUCAUGUGGCCGGACUACGCGCCAACAUUAUUCGAGCCCAACCAGUGGUGCCAUCGCACUCUCUAUGUGUUUGCGCUGACGCAGCUCGCAGUGGUCUGGGGUGUGGUGGCUCUAAUGCUACUUCUUCUGUUGUCUCUUGUUGUGUGUCAGGUAUUCGGGUGCGGGUGGCUGGGCCCAGCGCGCUACAAGUAGCAGCGGCGCAGCGUGGUGCUGGAGCUGUGGCACCGCAACAUCAACAACACGAUGGACGUGGCGGGCGCGCUGCUGCCCUUCGCGCAAGCCGCCCGACCCGACCUCGCCGUGCAUGUGCAGGAGGUACUAACUCAAGCGGACGGUGAGAAGCCGAAAAUACCCCAGAUCAACGAGCCUCAAGAUGACGAUGAGCCAGCAAGCCCGAAAGACAGGAAGAAGGCUGCAGCUUGAUGGUUAUGAGUCGUGCUGCCAGGGAAGCACGUACAUUUUGAGGCCUCGGAUAAGAUUUAUUACUUCUAGACAAUGAUAGAUACACAAUUGUUCUCCUAGAUUUAUUAAG